UUUUUUUUUGAAGAGGAUGCUCUUGACGCGUUUACGGAGGAUACGAUACAAAUUCUCGGAAAACAUGCUGUUAGAGUCAAUAAUUUUACUGGAAUACGGGAGUGGAGGGUCAAAACGACACCUGAAGAAAUUAUAAAGGUAGUAAAGGCUAUUGUUCGUUUGGCUUUAAAGUUCAAAUGACAGAAUAGCCAGUUACUGGAAUAUUAUCUUUUCAAUAGUCAGUAACACAAUCAACCGCUUGGAGUGAAAAUUGGACAUUACGUGUUCAAAUAGCGUCUGAAACCCAAACUCUCUUUCAUCCUUUAAAUAUUGUUCCUGUACCUGGAAUCCAUAUUGGUAUCUCUUUAGGUAACCAAACGUUUAGCGAAAGACUAGGCUACAAGAAUAUGGAUUUUUUGACCAUAUGCAAAUAUCUUGAUGCAUUACUUGGUGUAGUAAUGUGUGAUAAGGAAAAAUCAUCGAAACGUACGUAUCAUAUAGAUCUUUUGAAUUCGAUUUCCCUUCCUGAUGGAAAUAUCUAUUAUUAUUCAUCAAUUCCAUCUUAUGAUGUACCGAGUUCAUCAUCAAUAUUGGGAAGAAGGUCAUCUAAAGAAUAUCGUCGUCCAGCUAUUAUAGAUCUUCAUUUUAAUUUUGAUAAAAAGACGAACAAAACUAAAGCAGAAUUAAGAAUGAUUUGGAAGUAUCAAAAUCAAAAUAUAGAAAUUAAUAAAGAUAAUCAGGAUGAUAGAGUCGAACUGGGAGUUUUUGGUCCGCAAUUAGACUCUGAGUCUAUUCUUGGCGAGAAAAUUGUAUUUGGCGAAGAUGACCAACCUGAACCAACAAUGGUUACUGAAUAUCCUAGAACUCUCUCUUCUGAUUCAUUUUUUAAUUCAAGCAUAUAUCCCUCUCAAAGUUUUCAUCCUUAUUUUAGUACAUCAAUUAAAUAUUCGGUAAUAGAAGACAAGUGUAAAGACUAUAUCCUUUAUGUAUUACCUAAUUCUUUUUUUGUAGAUGUAUACCAACUUAAAGAUAAAUUCUCGGAUGAACAGAUCAAGGUUUGGGGAGAAACAGAUUUGGAAAUUCCUUUUGGAGUGGCGUCAUUAAAAUGGGGUAGUCUGAUUUUAAUUGCAAAGCAAAGUUCAGAGGACUUGUGUGAAUUUAGUUUACCACUUCAUAUGAGAUAUCAACCAGCCAUUUCUGGAAAUACGCAAAGUCAUGUAUUUGCAAGAGCGCCAUGGCCAUUUGUUAUACGAGUUUGUGAAAGUAUAAAAAAUGAACCGCGAGAACCAUUAUUUGCACCUACCCCUCUUCCCUUAUCUCUCUUAUUUCCAUCAACAACAGAAAUAAAGUACCUUCUUCCAAAACAAGAAUUCUUACGUAGCACUUCUUGGCCAAGAGAAGUAGUUAAAGUUCCUAUAGGUCAAUUAAGUCAUUUAAAAUUUGUUGAAUGGUGGACAAUUAUAGUAGCAUUAGCGGGUUGCGCUUGGGUAAUAUGGAUUGCUUUGAAGAAAGUAUCUCAAUGGCGAUAUAAAGGUGAUAAUGAUAAAAUUGACUGAAUCAGAAAAUUACAUAGAUGUUUAAUAUUCAUUUAAGUUCAUGUAAUUGAAAUUAUUUAUGAUAAUAAAUAUUCUAAUUUUAGUUAUCAAAUUCUUUUUAUAAGAAGUAU